GGAAAAGGUUGAAACGAUGAACUGGCGACCGGUUUCCCGAAAUGUACUUUCCCGUCUGUGACAAAGUCAAGACGCCCCACGUUUUGCGUGUUUCGACUGGAGCAGUCAAAGGAAAAAGCAAAAAGUUAAGACCAAAGUGCGCGUACGUCCGAUCUUUGCGUCGCUGCCUUCUGUUGACGUUCGAUCCCUGUGGACCAUCUCGCAGGUUGAGGAAUGUCUCCGGUUCCCCCGGAGUCAAGGUGCCAAAGAAAGUCCACUUCAUCAAGAGCAUGAGGCAGUAUGACACCAGGGGGUGCAGGAUCAUGCUGAUUUGUGCCAAGCGCUCGCUCUACGCCGCUUUCUCGGUGCUGCCUUACGGAGAGAUUGCUCAGCUCAGCGACGUUAAGCUGGAGGCGCAGAGAAGGCAGUCCUCGGUGGCGGCGGCCGAGCUGCUCCCUUCGCUGGAAGGCGCCGAGCCGGACGUUUCGGACGCGUGCGGCAAAACCAUUUCCUACGCUCAGUUCCUUUAUCCGACCAACGCGUUGGCGAGAGAGCGGAGCCGCAGCGGCGGCGCGCCAGAAAGCGGCGCCCCUCCCACCCCGCCCACACGUUUCCGCGGGAGGGCGCCGAGGACCUUCACCCUGGCCCGCCUCAAUAGCGCCGGGGCGCAAGAAUUACAUACGGAGGAGGCGGCGGCAGAGUACGACCCCGACCUGCUCAGUAGCCCUCGGUGGCCCUGCGGGAGACACAAGAGGGUCCUGAUAUUUGCGUCCUACGUGACGACGGUUAUCGAGUACGUCAAACCCUCGGACCUGAAGAAGGAUAUGAACGAGACCUUCAAGGAGAAGUUUCCUCACAUCCUGCUGACCCUCAGCAAGAUCAGAAGCCUGAAGAGGGAGAUGCGGGCCGUGAGCGAGGAAUGCAGCCUCCAGCCGGUCACCAUAGCGAUGGCCUUCGUUUACUUUGAGAAGUUGGUGCUGCAGGGACGCCUCAACAAGGCCAACAGGAAGCUGGUGGCGGCCGCGUGCGUGCUGCUGGCCGCAAAGAUCAGCAGUGACCUCAGGAAGCACGAAGUCAAGCAGCUCAUUGAGAAACUGGAGGAGCGCUUCCGCAUCAGCAGACGGGAGUUGGUUCCUCUGGAGUUCCCCGUGCUGGUCGCCUUGGAGAUGGGCCUCUACCUGCCUGACAGCAAGGUCAUGCCGCACUACCGCCGACUGGUGCAGCAGGGCUAGACCGGAAAGCUCCUGCGCGGUUCAGAGGCGCGCCGGAACCGCCGGCGCGUGUCCGUUUACUGUCUUUCCACUUGGCACGGUUUCAGCAAGGGUUUGUCAAACUGUGACGUUGGGAGGCGAAGCCCUUGGAGCGUUUAUUCCUUGAUGAGCAGAUUGACGUCCGCAACUACUACUAGUGCCGCCUUUGACCUUAAGGUGAUAUCAAAGAUAUGGGGAAGCUCGAAUUUCCAUACGGUUGUGGAUUUUUGCACCUUGAUGACCUAAGUCACGUUUUUUUUCUUUAAAUAUGCCUUUUAAACCCACUGUGACACGAAUGCAGUUUGAACCCUGUGACGAGACGUUGACCUGUUGAUUGUGGCACGUGACAACUUUAAUGUAUUUCAUGGCAGCUCUGUGUAAUGUUGUUUGCUGUUUUGUGCGCAUGUGUAUGUGUGUUGUGCACAAAGCCCCAGUGUGCAUCACUGGCACUUAUUUGAUAUCUCAGGAAUUGUGCUCUUUGGCGCGCGUUGUCAGACGUGGACGCGCAAACAUUAAAGUGCCUAUGACUCCGGUGGCAAUGAAUUUGUUAGCUGUCGUGCCGUUUGUGAUUUUUCUGUCCAAAGAAACGUUUGUGGUGUGAAACUUUUAAAAAAAGUGUCUCAGCUACUAAAUAUGUUGCUGAAUGUUGGUGUAAAAUUGUUCAAAUAAAUCAAACGUUUUUGUAUUGUGUGAA